CCACGGGCAGACAAGCCCGCGGUGCGUCACAUCCGGUCCCCGCUCACCAGCUUCCGGCGCGACAGCUCAUACUGCGCCUGCGCACGGCAACUUCCUCUCUCUGUAGCGGCGCCGGGAAGGAAGAUGGCCAAGCGCACCAAGAAGGUGGGGAUUGUGGGUAAAUAUGGAACCCGUUAUGGUGCAUCCCUAAGGAAAAUGGUGAAGAAGAUUGAAAUCAGCCAACACGCCAAGUAUACCUGCUCCUUCUGUGGCAAGACCAAAAUGAAGAGGAAGGCUGUUGGUAUCUGGCACUGUGGGUCCUGCAUGAAGACAGUUGCUGGUGGUGCCUGGACUUACAAUACCACCUCUGCAGUGACGGUCAAAUCUGCAAUCAGAAGACUGAAAGAGUUGAAAGAUCAGUAGAUCUACAUCCUGCUCUCCUUGUGAAACGUGUUUUUUUUUCUUUUCAUCCACUGUUAAGAUCUGUACCUUUAACAAUAAAAGGUGAUACGGAGUGGA